CGACUGGCUCCGGCGGAGGGGAGGAAUGGGAGAGGGGUAGGUUGGGGGCAGGGCAGAGGCGGGCAGAGGGCAGAGGGUGGGGCGGUGCCCGAACGGGCGUCAUGGCGCGACUCCUCCGGUUGCUCCGGGGCCUGCCCCUCGGAGUGGCGCCUCUGCGGGCGAUGCGGGGCCGAGAGGGCGACCGCGGGCCCGGCGCGGGGCCGGGCCUGGGGGAGGCAGGGUGUGAGCUGCCUCUUGCCAAGAGUGAGUGGCAAAAGAAACUAACCCCAGAGCAAUCCUACGUCACCAGAGAAAAGGGAACAGAACCGCCUUUCAGUGGGAUCUACCUGAAUAACAAGGAAGCAGGAAUGUACCACUGUGUGUGCUGCGAUAGUCCACUCUUCAGUUCUGAGAAAAAGUACUGCUCUGGCACUGGGUGGCCUUCGUUUUCUGAGGCUCAUGGUACGUCUGGCUCUGAUGAAAGCCACACAGGGAUCCUGAGACGCCUGGACACCUCAUUAGGGUCCGCUCGCACAGAGGUCGUCUGCAAGCAGUGUGAAGCUCAUCUUGGUCACGUGUUUCCUGAUGGACCUGGGCCCAACGGUCAGAGGUUUUGCAUCAACAGUGUGGCUCUGAAGUUCAAACCCAGGAAACACUGACCAUCUUCAAGAGUAUCCCGUUCCCUGCCACCCCUUCGUGUGUACCCUCAAUUUUCAUAAUUCACUUGACUUCUUUGCCAUAAAACUGGGCUGAGUUUGCUGCUAUCUCCAGUGAGUCAUUGCUUCUCUUAAUUUAUUUACCUGGAAUCAACUUAAUCCUGUGUGUUAGGCUGUUCUUGUGUUGCUAUAAAGAAAUACCUGAUCAGGAUCUAGGAGAAUUUGAAAAAAAAAAAAAAGUAGAACAAUAAAUAGAUUUUUUUUUAAAAAGAAAUAUCUGAGACUGGAUAACUUAUAAAGAAGAGACUUAAUUGACUCACAGUUCUGCCGAGUGUACAGGAAGCAUGGUAUCAGCAUCUGCUCGGAUUCUGGAGAGACCUGAGAGAGCUUUUACUCACAGCAGAAGGUGAAGGGGGAGCCAGUGUCUCACAUGGCAGAGCAGGAGCAAGACACAGUGGUAAGGAGGUGUCAUACACUCUUAAAACAGCCACAGCUCUCGAGAACUCACUGUCACCAGGACAGCAUUAAGUGAUGAGGAAUCCAACCCCAUGACCCACAUACCUCCUACCAGGGCCCACUCCAGCACUGGGGAUUACAUUUCAACGUGAGUUUUGGAGGGGGGAGCAUCCAAAACAUAUCACCCUGACUCCCACUUGGACUGUAGAACUUCACAGAAUGACAGAGGGGCAGCUGCUUCCUUCAAAAACUUCCACAGCUUCACCUGAGACAAGGGCAUGACUCUGGGAACAUUAUUGGCUGAUGGACUAAUAAGCCAAACAAUUCCUACAAAAAUUCCCUGCACCUUCCACUGCAGUCCAGUCCUUGAUCGACGUAAGGGAGGUAUCAAGUGAGAGGAGGAAGGGAAAUACAGAAUCUAAGGAAUCAACAAUGCUAGCACUGAAGAGCAGGAUUACGGAGGAGCUGUGUUCUGGGAGCACCUAUGGUGAUCGAUGAGAUGCAUGGCUGCUUUUUCAAAAUUGUAAGUGUCUUGAGCAUGCUACUUCCAACCAUUUUACCCGCAAAUACACUACAAUAGGACUUGGUUAGAGUUCAGUGACUAUGAAUAAAUGUUCACCCUCAUACCUUCUGGUUACAAAGCAAAACUUUAAAAUGUCCAAAUAAAAUAUUCACUAAAAUUUA